UAUCUCGUCUUCUUUAAUUUGCUCUUUCUCUUUACUUAAUUCUCUGCAAACUGUGUUGGUUUGGCUUAGCACAGCCCCAUGGCCGUCGGUGGAGUUGAGAAAUCAAAGAGGGUGGUGGUUGUGGGCGGUGGGAUCGCCGGAGGUAUCAUCUCGAAGACGUUGCAGUCGCAGAAUGAAGUAACACUUAUAGAUCCAAAAGAAUACUUUGAGAUACCAUGGGCACAGUUGAGGUCAAUGGUAGAACCCUCAUUUGCAGAAAGAACAUUGAUAAAACACUUUGACUACUUAACUGAUGCUACAAUCAUUCAAUCGCAUGCAACGAAUGUUACCGAUCAUGAGGUCCACACGGCUGAUGGUCAAACACAUCCAUAUGAUUAUCUUGUCUUGGCUACUGGCCAUCCUGGUUCUGAUAAAGCUCACAGAAAGGAUAGACUCAGCUAUUUUCAGCAAGAUUAUGAGAAGAUUAAGUCAUCAAACUCUAUUUUGAUCAUUGGUGGUGGUCCAACUGGCGUUGAGCUCGCUGGAGAGAUUGCGGUUGAUUUUCCGGAGAAGAAGGUUACCAUUGUCCAUAAAGGGCCAAGGUUGAUAGAAUUCAUAGGUCCAAAAGCAUCCAAAAAGGCAUUCAGUUGGUUGGUUAAAAAGAAGGUGGAAGUCAUUCUGGGACAAACAGUAGACCUGGAGUCUUUGUCUGAAAGUGGAGUUUAUGUUACAUCAGGUGGAGAGAAAAUCUCAGCUGACUGCCAUUUUGUUUGUGUGGGAAAACCAGUAGCUUCAUCAUGGCUGCGUGAUUCUAUCUUAAAGCAAUCCCUGGACAAAAAGGGGCAGUUAAUGGUUGAUGCGUACUUGAGAGUGAAAGGCCAUGAUAACAUUUUUGCUAUUGGAGACAUUAAUGAUGUCCCUGAGAUCAAGCAAGGGUUCCUUGCAGAGAAGCAUGCUUCAGUGGUGGCCAAGAACCUGCAAUUAUUGAUUAAGGGAGCUCCUGAGAAGAAACUUGCAACUUAUACAGCUUCCCCAGCCAUUGCGAUAGUUUCAUUGGGAAGAAAGGAAGGAGUUGCCCAGCUUCCCUUUGCCACACUCUCUGGAUGCUUGCCAGGGAAGAUCAAAUCAAAGGAUCUAUUUGUGGGGAAGACGAGGAAGACAUUGGGGCUGAAAUCCACGUAAAUGAAUCAUUGUAUGUGCUUUAUAUAGUUUUGAGUGCUUCUAUUUUGUAUUAAAUGAUUUGUCUUUCUAUUUUUUUAUUGUCAUUGUUUUUGUUUUUGUGGGUGUCAAGACUUUGAUUGUCGUUUGUUACAUUUCAGCUAUGAAAACUCUAUUUUGCAUGUAUGGGAUCAUCAAAAUAGUAUGUUAUCAUAUUAAAAUGCGAGAAAUUUCUGUAAAUUGCUCAUUUCAUAAGUGCUUCAAACAUUAUCAUCUCA